AGUUUGGUUAACACUGUGCAGCCACUUUCAGCUCACGGCUUCAUGAUGUCCACGUUCAAAACAGUAAUUUGGCCGAAAGUGAUUUUAUUUGGCGACUCUAUCACACAGUUUUCAUUUCAAGCCAAUGGCUGGGGUACAGAACUUGCCAACAAAUUAGCAAGAAAGUGCGAUGUUGUAAACAGAGGGCUGUCUGGCUACAACUCCAGAUGGGCCAAGAUUGUUCUUCCUCGCCUUAUCAGCAGUCAGAGCUCAGGGGACAACAACAUAGCUGCUGUCACAGUCUUCUUUGGAGCCAAUGACUGUGCAUUGGAAGAUAAAAACCCCCAGCAGCACAUCCCUCUGCAGGAGUAUUCAGACAACCUGAAGGAGAUCACACGGCUUCUUGCUUCAGCUGGAGUGUCAGCAGACAAAGUCAUCUUCAUCACCCCCCUGCCUGUUCAUGAGCCAGCCUGGGAGAAGGAGUGCAUUUUGAAAGGAUGUCCUCUCAAUCGCCACAACUCUGUAGCGGGGCAGUAUGCACAGGCAUGUGUUCAGGCUGCUGGUCAGUGCAGUGUGGAUGUCCUGGACCUCUGGACACUCAUGCAGAAAGAUGGUCAGGACUACACAGUCUACCUGUCUGAUGGACUGCAUCUCUCAGAGAAGGGAAACCAGUUUGUGGCCCAGCACCUGUGGGGGCUGCUGGAGAGCAGAGUUGCCCACCUGCCCUUCAUCCUGCCUUAUUGGGGAGACGUGGAUGCCAAGAGCCCAGAAAGCAGCCUCCUCUGUGACCAGUGAAGAAGAGUUUGUUGGACAUUUGUUGAGGAAAAGUAUACUGCACAUUUUGCAGAGAGCCUGGCACUGGACUGCAUUCCUGAUGUGAAACAAUGAAGCAGCUGUGAUUUGUAUUUUCCAGGUAUGUCCAAUAGAAGACAGUGUAUUAAUGGUUAAAAUGCACAAUAAAGAUUUUUAUUUUGACAUGUG